AUGUCGCCGGGGCUGCCGGAAGCGGUGAGACAUUCGCGGCAUUGCAACUUGUUACUUGAAAAGAAUCGGGCUGGUGAGGCAGAGCGUUGUCCUGGAUCAAAAGAAGCACCCACCUCUGGGCUUUUGUGGUGGCUGUUUUUGGUGGGCGAUCCUCUGGUGGUGGCGUCGCAUGCUGCAGCCAAAGCUGACUUGGCGCAUUUUCUUCUCCGUAACUGGAUAGCUACCGACCGGCCCGCCAAGGAAGCCGAGGACGCCACGGCCAGGGACAUGGGACCGGCCAACGACCUAUCUCGAUCCGGCUCGUCGCUUGCCAUCAACGCCGACGCGGGCAUCGAUGUCUUGUCCAACAGAGAGCAAAAGGCACAAGGCAAAAGGCAAGGACCACGACAGGGCCACUGCCACCUCUUCAACCACACUACUCCGUAUUCCACCGUCAUCCGCGCCAGUCCCUUUGGGAGUGGAACCAACUACCUCAUCCACCGCGUCAUAUCCACCAAUACAGAGCUUUUGUCAAGCAAAACUGGCGACUCGACAAAGGUUCCCGUCUUGAACUUAUUGCCUCCUCGAUCCACCUUUGGCCUGAUUCAGCGUCGACCCGCGCCUGGACGGUGGAUCUGUCUUGUUGGACAUCGAAACUUUCCAUAUGUCGCUGUCGGCAUGACGGUCCAACCACCAGCUCGCGCAACGCAUUGCCCGUCUUGCCGUCCUAGUAUGGUUCGGUCUACAAGUCCGUCCGUCCCUACCUCUCAAGACUUGGCGGCCCAUGUAACCAUGCCAGUCUCUGGCCUGACUCUCGACUAUGCUUUUGCCUUCGAAAGGGCCAUGCCAGUCUCUGGCCCGACUCUCAACUACGCUUUUGCCUUCGAAACGGCGCAUCAGAACCGAGUAUUGCCGCCUUUUCUGGCCGACAUAACCGUCGCAUCCCCAACGAAUACGCCUUCAUAUACUCACUCGUCCUAUGGCUGGGAACCUUUGCUCAACCAGCUCCCUCCGCGGGCCUUCUCAAACUCCUCUCUGGAACUCUUCACGGCGCUAGCUUCGCAACCCCAGACCAUGUUACCCAUACCCACCCAGUAUUAUCAUCAGCUGGUUUCCGACUGCCCUCUCGGGCUUUCAUGCCUGCAAGCUCCCAGCCUUGCUGCUCGUCAGCUCCCCAAAGUCCCUCUUCUCCGGAUGACGAGCUUCUGCGAAAGCUCACUCCCAACCAUGGUCGGGCUCAGGAAGAUUCUCUCCCGUCAAAAGACGAACCAGUCUGGCGACCACGAGGGUGAGCUCCAGGCCUUUCGCAAGCAGCACCGGUACGAUCCUUUUCUCGGCGAUGACAAGCUGCGCGCCGUCGACUCGGCUCUCGACUCGGGCAACGCCGAGAAACUCCGCGAUCUUGACAACAGCUUGAUUCAGGACGACUCGCCUUAUCCCGAAGUCCGCGCUGCCGUACCCAAUACCGACGAGGAUAUGCCCAUAAACACCAUCCGAGCCUGGGUCAUCGGUGGUAUUCUUUGCACUAUUGUGUCUGCCUGCAACGUACUCCUAGCCUUGCGCCGUACCCCCAUCUCCAUCAGCUCGACCGUUGUCCAGCUGGUCGCCUAUCCUAUCGGCUGCUUCUGGGCUUGGUUUAUGCCUGAAAAGAGCUUCCGGCUCUUUGGUCGCAACUUUGAGCUCAACCCAGGCCCUUUCAAUGUCAAGGAGCACACAAUCAUCACCAUGAUGACGGCCGCUGGGUCCGCCAUUAGCUAUGCUUUUGAUAUCCUUCUUGCCCAAGAAGUAUUUUACGACCAACAUUUCAAAUGGGGCUUUCAGAUCCUGCUCGUCCUCUCGACGCAGGCCAUGGGCUUUGGCAUCGCGGGCAUUGCCCGACGUUUCCUCAUUUACCCUUCUGCCAUGGUAUGGCCGGCGACCCUCGUCACCUGCGCCGUCAUGUACGCCCUGCACAAUCACCAGCCCGCGGACCCCGCGGCCACCAAUGGCUGGAAGAUUGGUCGCUACGCCUUCUUCCUCAUUGUGUCUUGCAGCACCUUCGUCUGGGAGUGGAUUCCCCAGGUUUUUGCGCAAAUUUUCCAGUUCUUCAAUUUUGCCUGCUGGAUCGCUCCCAACAAUGUGCUCGUGAACCAGGUGCUUGGUGCCCAGUCUGGACUCGGACUGAUUCCCAUUUCCUUUGACUGGAGCAUCGUCAGCGCCUUUCUCGGCAGUCCCCUUCAAGCGCCUGCCUUUGCCCUCGUCAACGUGGCCCUCGGCCUGGUCCUCGUGACGAUUGCCGCCUCUGGGCUGUCCUGGGCCGGCCCCGAAUUCUACCGCUACCUACCAAUCAGUGCCAAUACCAACUUUGACCGCUUUGCCAAAAAGUACAACACGACGCGCAUCCUCACCCCCGAGUUCACCAUGAACGAGACGGCCUACCGAGAGUACUCGCCCAUUCUGAUUUCUCCCACGUUUACGCUCUCCUAUGGCAUGUCCUUUGCCGCCCUCAUCUCAACUCUGGUCCACGUCGCCAUCUUCUACGGCCCUGAUAUUUGGCGCCGCAGCCGCAACAUGCGCUCUGAGGAGCCCGACGUGCACCUGAAGCUGAUGCGCAAGUACAAGGAGGCUCCCGAGUGGUGGUUCCUGGCCAUUUUUUCUAUGAGCUUUGCCUUUGGCAUGAUUGCCUCUCAAGUCUGGCCUACCCACCUGCCGUGGUGGGCAUUCAUCAUUUGCAUUGCUCUCGGCGUCGUCUUCUUCAUCCCCAUUGGCACCGUGCAAGCCAUCACCAACCAGCAGACCGGCCUCAACGUCAUCACCGAGCUGGUGGUGGGCUUUAUGCUGCCGGGCCGUCCCAUUGCCAUGAUGAUGUUUAAGUGCUGGGGCUAUAUGAUUAUCUACUACGGUCUCAACUAUAUUUCCGACAUGAAGGUUGGCCACUACAUGAAGAUUCCGCCCCGCUCCAUGUUUGCCGCCCAGGCUUUUGCCGUCAUUUGGCUGUCCCUGGUGCAGGUGGCGACGUACAACUUCUUGCUCGGCAACAUCGAGGGCAUCUGCACCGAGAACCAGCCCCAGGGCCUCAUCUGCCCGGCCGCGCGCACCUUUUUCAACGCCAGCGUCAUCUGGGGCGUCAUUGGCCCCGCCAAGAUGUUUGGCGCCGGCCAGCUCUUUGCCUGGCUCAACUGGUUCUGGCUCAUCGGCGCCGCCCUGCCCGUGAUGCAGUACUUGAUCACCCGCCGCUACCCCAAGAGCAUCUUUCGCUACAUGCUGACGCCCGUCAUCUUUGGCGCGGCCGGCCAGAUCCCGCCCGCCACGCUCUACUACAUCUGGCAGUUCGUCACAGUCGGCCUCGUCUUCAACUGGUUCAUCCGCCGCCGCUACUUUGGCUGGUGGCAGCAGUACAACUACACGCUCUCGGGCGCCCUCGACAUUGGCAACGCCCUCGCCAGUGUCGUCAUUGCCCUCGCCCUCGGCCUGGGCAACGCCAACUUUCCCGACUGGUGGGGCAACACAGUGCCCUACAACAACCUCGACGGCUGGUACAAUGCCACGACAAAGGUUUUUCAAAAGGGCCAGACGCCUCUGGGACCGGAAAAGUGGUAUUGA